GCCUCAUGAAGGCGUGGCAGCCAAUAAAGGAGCACCCAGGUCGGCAAUAAACUCAAACGCAACAUGUGAUGAGGAUGACGUCAGCGGCGCACAGUGACGGCUGCUACUAAACGGAGGCUGCAGGAAAUGAGGGCGCAAAAAGACGCUGCUGCUUGCACCGCCUGGACACACACACGCACACACACACACACCCUGGUGGGAUUGUUUUCAAUUUGGAAGGACGUGUUGUUUACUUUCACCCAGGACUCAUUUGCAGAGGACAUCCACAUCCACACCCGCACCCACGCACAGGAUGCUGUCGUCCCUCAAAGCCCUGCUGCUGCUGUCCGUGCUGUGCACGCCGUCCUCCAGCCUCUGUCCCCGCUUGCCCCACGGACGUUUUUCCCUCCUGUGUGACCGCCAGAUGGCCGUCGGCUUCCGGGGCGACGAGGACGACCUGGCCGGGUACGCCGUGGAGGACGAGGGCUGGGGGUCCCUCCUGCAGUCGGCGGAUCUCCUCUCGUCUUCCCCGGAGUCAGAGAGUCGGGAGAAAAGAACUUACAACGCGGCCAAGUCGCGCUUCCAGAGCCGGGCGAAGCUGCGGGGGCCUCUACUGCGCAGCCGCGGCAAAGCGGAGCGCAGGAGCCGGCUGACUUUGUCCUUGGACGUGCCGACCAACAUCAUGAACGUCCUCUUCGACGUGGCUAAAGCCCACAACAUGCGUGCAAAGGCGGCAGAGAACGCUCGUCUGCUCGCUCAGAUCGGUCGGAGGAAGUAGAAUAACCUUUUUUUUCUUCUUUAAAGAAACUUUAUUUGCGUCAACAACCUCUUCUUCUCUUGUUUAGUUGUUUUUAAAACUUUAUUUCAACAACGAUUAUUUUCAUUAUUUCAUCAUUAUUACUGCCAAGUAUUAUUUUUUAAAUGUAUUGAUUUGAUUGAUUGAUUGAUACUUUUAUUAGUAGAUUGCACAGUACAGUACAUAUUCCGUACAAUUGACCACUAAAUGGUAACACCCCAAUAAGUUUUUCAACUUGUUUAAGUCGGGGUCCACGUUAAUCAAUUCAUGGUACAAAUAUAUACUAUCAACAUAAUACAGUCAUCACACAAGUUAAUCAUCAUAGUAUAUACAUUGAAUUAUUUACAUUAUUUACAA